UUUUCCUGCAGAGCCUCUAAAAGGAGUUAUCCAAAGACCGGCAGACAAAGCUCUGAAACAGCCAUGAGGUUCUACACGCUUCUCUUCCUUGUCAUUCUCACCUGUUUGUACCUGACUGUGGCACAAGGUUCCUAUGAGGACUGCUGCCUAAAGUAUGCAAAGAAGCCCUCCCAUCAUGUCAGGAGAAUGGUCAUAAGCUACCGGAAGCAAGAGCUAGAUGGAGGAUGCAACAUCCCUGCCACUGUGUUUUCGAUUAAGCGGAGGGGUCGUCAAGGUCGAGUGUUCUGUGCCGACCCAAAGCAGCUUUGGGUGCGGGAGCUCAUGAAGAAACUUGACAAGAAGAGCAUAGGAUGAUGGAGAGAGAGAGAGAGAGAGAGAGAGAGAGAGAGAGAGAGAGACAGCGUUAACAGCGUAUAGUGAACAAGAUUUCCACCUCCUCCACGUUUUUGGACACAGACUCCGUUUGCCUCCCCUGCUCAUCUGAUCUCGUCCUCCUGCUUAGCCAAACUCUUCUUUUGUUAUUGCCUCUUUUGCAGACACACAGACUGGUAUCUUGCCAAUGAGACACACCACUGGCAAAUUGACACAACUAACACAGGCAGUGAUGCUGGCUGAGGGCCCACUAUUAUUGAAAGAGAGAGAGAAAGAGACAGAAAGGGAGAAAGAGAGAGAGAGAGACAUCCAAUGUAACUGAAAAUUGUGACUGCACAUUAUUGACACCUUGUAAUCUGUGUGUGUGUGUGUGUGUGUGUGUGUGUG